GCACACCAUCCGUUACCAGACGAUGGCCACCAGCACCACUCACCGUGGUAACACCAAACCAUCUCGUACACAGCAGUUCCGCCCGCUCAGGCUCAAUAUACUUGAUGGCCUCGAGAGACCAGAGUUGGAGACCUUGCAGAAGCCUGAAACAAGGGCGACAGAAUCCGUAACUAUACGGGACGUGGAGUAUAUCGGAUCCUAUAAUUGGCUUGACCAGAAGAAACCAACAAUCGUCGUCCCAGGGUCGCCUCGUAGGUGGUUGAACCGGGACAUACCGUACCAAGUUCCACCUGACGCGGGAACAUUCUGCACCUACGAGGAUGGACAGAGGGUGCCGUCUUAUCCUAUGCUCCCGUGGUUCUACGCCAUCGACACUGUGACGGGUCAGGCAAUGGACUGGGGCAGCGUCGACUUCAUCACAAGCCGUAACACGUUGCGGAAGCUGCUUCGGUGGACGAGGGAGUCAAAACCGGACGACUUCAGGAUAGACACACAGCUUGCCGGAGAGCGCACUGUUGUGUUCGGUCAGUGGGUCGAGCGAAUGCGGAUGAAGAGCGACAGCCGACAUCCGGGAUACGGGAGAAACUUCGAGCACGAGAGUACUGGCGUCGCUCCGGGAUGCGAGAACUUGAACAUGACCGCUCAUACCCGUCUGGUCAAAUACAAUUUUGGGGGGUUGACCAUGGUAGUCGGUUUCGAAGUGGAUGCGUAUACUGCUUCCGCUAGCCCAUCAAAUUCUCCGCUCAUCACAAACGGUGGUCAUUCUGCGACAACGGAACCAAUGACACACGCUGACAAGAGUUAUGUGAAUGUCGUUAACGCGGGGGGCCAGAUACCGCAGGCCGACAUCGUUGAAAUCAAGACAGGCAAGAAGAUGAAAUGGAAGGAGACGUACCCACAGCUCUUCCUCUCGCAAACACCUCAUCUAUACGCGGCUAGUCACGAACAAGGAUUGUUCCGCCAGGUGCGAAUGUUGGGUGUGGACGAUCCAGAAAUGCGCGAGGUUGCCGAAGAACUCCAGAAUGAUUUUGUCAAGCUCCGCGAUACCCUGAUCGACAUUCGGAAUACCCUUCGUCGGCACAAGCAGUCGACGCGCUUGAGCCUGCUCUGCCAGAAGGGCAAUUUACAGGUGUUCAGAAUGAAGAAUGCGAACAGCUGCUUACCGGAAGCUAUUCUUGAACGUUUCGAGGGCGGUCUCAACGAGAGUUACGAGACUGCAGUCCAAUGAGGUCUGGGGUAUAGCCAGCGGCCGCGCAACGGGCAUUCUACGAACCGGAAGCUUGAAGAAGUGAUUUCGCACCCGCUCGUAGAGUUCAAGCCUCAUUAUAUAGCAGCACCAGAGAAGAUGUAUUCUAACAAGUAGCACUGGUGGUCAACUGCUGGUAGCAGGCUGACGUAUCAUAUAUUGUAGCGAUGUGCACGUGCAUCGUAUCGAGUGCCAGCCAGCGCUCGCGGCGCGUCCUCCUUAUUCGAAACUACUUACUCAUUGGUUCUAUCUAUGGCAUCGACUCUGGUUCACGCGCAUAUCUGAAUCAAUGUGCAUGAAAACACGCAACACUCACACUCCGGGAUGUCUCCCUUCGCAAUGCGCCGCGCGCGAUGGCUCGGGAGAGGUGAGUACUUACGUAUGUAAGUACUUGAAUCACUACGCACGGCAAAAUAUGAAC